AUGGAACGGGAAAAGAAACAAACCCGGGUGUGGGUAGAUGGCUGCUUUGAUAUGGUUCAUUAUGGACAUGCCAAUGCUAUUCGUCAGGCUAAACAAAAGGGUGAUUAUUUAAUUGUUGGUGUUCACUCAGAUGAUGAAAUUGCCAAGCACAAAGGACCACCAGUCUUCAGUGAAAAGGAACGUUACAAAAUGGUCCGUGCCAUUAAGUGGGUGGAUGAAGUUAUUGAAGACGCCCCAUAUGUUACAACACUGGAGGUUAUGGACAAAUAUAAUUGUGACUUCUGUGUCCAUGGUGAUGAUAUUACAACGACUGCUGAUGGCACAGAUACUUACCAUUUAGUGAAGAAUGCAGGCCGAUAUAAGGAAUGUCAGCGGACAGCAGGUGUGUCUACUACAGAUAUAGUUGGAAGAAUGUUACUGAUGACACGUACACAUCAUCUUGGCCCGGAAAAAAUCAACAAGGAUACAGUCGGUGCCAUUAGCCAGGAUCACAGCACACAAAGCCCUUGGACUGGUGUUUCCCAGUUUUUGCCAACAACCAAAAAAAUAAUCCAGUUUUCAGAAGGCAAAGAACCGUCCCCUGAAAAAGCUGCAGCUAAAGGUGAUUUUGUAAUUGUUGGGUUACACACAGAUCAAGAUGUUAACCGUUAUAAAGGUGCCAACAAUCCAAUUAUGAACCUUCAUGAGAGGGUAUUAAGUGUGCUGGCUUGUCGAUAUGUUUCAGAGGUUGUGAUUGGCGCUCCAUAUUCUGUGACUGCGGACCUUAUGGAUCAUUUCAAGGUUGAUCUCGUAUGCCAUGGAAAAACUCCCAUAAUGCCUGAUGAAGAUGGUUCUGAUCCUUAUGCUGAGCCGAAACGUCGAGGGAAAUUCGAGUUCUUGGAUAGUGGCAGUUUUUUCUUUGUCUUUCCCUCUCGCUUCGUUUUUUUUUUUUUUUCUUUCUUUUCCGUCUCGCUUCGUUUUUUUUUUUUCUUUCUUUCUUUUUCGUCUCCUUGUUUUUCUUUUUUCUUUCUUUCCGUCUCUUCGUUUUUUCUUUUUUCUUUUUUUUUCCGUCUCGCUUCGUUUUCUUUUUUUCUUUCUUUCCGUCUCGCUUCGUUUUUCUUUUUUUCUUCUUUCCGUCUCGCUUCGUUUUUUUUUUUUCUUUUCUCGCUUCGUUUUUCUUUUUUUUCUUUCUUUCCGUCUCGCUUCAUUUUUUCUUUUUUCUUUCUUUCCGUCGCUUUUUUUUUUUUUCUUUCUUUCCGUCUCGCUUCGUUUUUCUUUCUUUCUUUCUUUCCGUCUCGCUUCGUUUUUCUUUCUUUCUUUCUUUCCGUCUCGCUUCGUUUUUCUUUCUUUCUUUCUUUCCGUCUCGCUUCGUUUUUCUUUCUUUCUUUCUUUCCGUCUCCUUCGUUUUCUUUCUUUCUUUCUUUCCGUCUCGCUUCGUUUUUCUUUCUUUUCUUUCUUUCCGUCUCGCUUCGUUUUUCUUUCUUUCUUUCUUUCCGUCUCGCUUCGUUUUUCUUUCUUUCUUUCUUUCCGUCUCGCUUCGUUUUUCUUGUUUUACUUUCUGCUUUUUCUCCUUCUACCUCUAUUCACUCUCUCUCUCUCUCUCUCUCUCUCUCACCUCCCUCUUUUUGCUUUCUCAACCAAUACUAA